AUGGCCAGCCCCGCGACCAGCCCCGCGGGCGACACGACGCAGCAGGAGGCCGUCCAGCUCGCUUGUUUAGCCCUCACAAAACCAGGAGACGCCGGCGCCGCGGCGUCCGCCGCGGUCCUCGGCGCCGCGACGCUCGCGUUCCGAAGAAGCAAUGACCAACUAAAGCUCGGAAAUGUCACGAUCCAGCGCGUCUACCCGGCCUUCGACGGGGCGGACAUCAUCAAUGGAGACACGAUGCUCCACGCGGCUGUUAGGAGACAACUGCACGACGUGACGAGUGCUUUGCUGGAGGCCGGCGCCCCACUUGGUGUCCGAAAUAUGAAUGGCGAGACGGCCUUCGAGAUCGUGACGGCGCCGGCACCUCAGGAGGAGGACCCCGAGCUGGAGCGGGCGCUGGCGGAGAGUCGUCGCCAGGCUGAAGAGGACGAGGCGCAACUCGCCGCGGCGCUGGCCGCGUCCGCGCUCGAGUCGACGCCGCGCAACGAAGGAAAGGCGCCGGACGCCGACGACGACCUCCAGCGCGCCCUCGAGGCCUCGAAGAAGGAAUCGACGCCGCAACAACAACAACAGAAGGGCUUCUUCGGUCGCUGGUUCGGGAAAAGUGAGCCGGAAGACGACCUCGACGCGGCCGUCGCGGCGUCGCUGGCGGCCGAGGAUGAAGACGUGCGGCGGCGGCGCGAGUCCGAGGACGAGGCGAUGGCAAGGGCGCUGGCGGAGUCCGAGGCGCCGCCCGCGGGAACGCGGCCGCCGCCGCCGCCGCCGCCACCACCACCGGCCGCGUCGCUCGCCGCGGCGGCGGCGGCCGCCGGCCGCAAACCGCGAGCCGCGCCAUCCUCACCGCCGAAACGCAAACCCGUGUCAAAUGUCCACCCCCUCGCGGCCGCCGCCGCCGCCGAGGUCGCUAGAAGACCAAGGCCGCCGUCCUCGCCCACUCUGUCCAGAAGACCCGCCGCGCCGUCGGCGCUCGCCGAAGCAUUAGCAGCAGCAGCGGCCAAGCGCAAACAGAAAGGCCCGCCGAAGUCUCCCACAAGGAAGCGGGUGAACCCCUUCCAACGCGCACAACCGCCGCCGCCGCCCGAGGAGGCGACGUCGCCUUUGCAUGCGCGGCCGAGCGAAGCCCAGGUCAACACCUCGAAACGCAUUGCUGAAUUAGAAGCGACCGUGGCGGCUUUGCGGUCGGAAUUGAAUCGUGUCAAGAAGCCCACCGAGAAGCAGCAGCAGUCGAUCGACGACAUCGAGAGUGAAUUAAGAGCAGCAACAGCUCGAUGUCUCCAGGGAGAUCCGUCGGCGGAGAGUGAGCUCGAGCGGCUGGACGCCGCUCUCCGGGCCCACCCCGACCACAAAAUACGACAGGCGAAAGCUAGAGCGAAUUGGGACUCGGAACAAAGAACCGCGAACAACAACGCGCUGGCGUUGACUCGUUCUCUCGUCCCGCCGGACAUUCUGAAGAGUACGGCGAAGGACGUGGGCCUGCGGAUCUGCGACGCUUUACAGUCAGACGACAAGCCGGCUCUGGCACUUGCGCGGAGAGUGUGGUCCGCGAAAGCGCUGCGAGCCGUCCGGGCGCCUUCGGAAUUAUUAAGGAAGGCGCACGUUGCUGACUUGCGAGGCACCUAUACCCCGACCGGGCUCGACAUCGUCGAACUCAGAGCGGUCUACGCGUGUCUGCCGCGGGAGUUCGCGAACGACGGGGACGGCGCGAAAGCAGCAUGGCGCGAAAGUGUGCGUGAAAAAUUAGUAGCGAUGGUCGCGAAGGAGGCGUCGGGGUCGUUGACUCCUGCGGAGAAGCGGAAUAGCGCGUAUCAACACCUGCCGGACUUUGUGAGAUUGUUUCCGUCCGAGGCGUGCGACGCGGGCUGGCGGCCCGACGCGGCGGAUCCCUUGACACGGCCGGCGCGGCCGCGCGCGGCGCCGGCGGGAUUAUUAGCCGCGCUGCAGGGGCGGUCGCGGGUGGGCGUGUAAUUCUAGUUUUGUUUUU